CGCGCGGGUCGGAGCGGAGCGCGCGCACUGCCCGCCCGCCCGCCUCCGCUCCGCCUCCGUCCGGGGCGCGGGCGAGGUGGCCCGGGCGGGGGAGCGCAGGGGGCAGGGCCGCGGCGGCGAGGAGGAGCACGGGGAGGAGCGGGCCCGAUAAAAAGCAGCGAGGCGGCCCCACCCGCGGCUGGCCGGCGGGCAGGCUCGGCGCGUCCCUUCCGUCCGGCCUGCGCCGGCGGCGGGGAGGCGGCGCGCGGCCCGCAGCCCGCCCAUGGAGGCUUUUCCCUGGGCGCCCCGCUCGCCCCGCCGCGGCCGCGCCCCCGCGCCCAUGGCGCUCGUGCCCAGCGCCCGCUACGUGAGCACCCAGGGCCAGGCGCACCCGCAGCCCUUCAGCUCCUGGAACGACUACCUGGGGCUCGCCACGCUCAUCACCAAGGCGGUGGACGGCGAACCGCGCUUCGGCUGCGCCCGAGGCGAGGACGGUGGCGGCGGCUCCCCGCCCUCUUCGUCGUCCUCGUCCUGUUGCUCCCCCCACGCGGGGGCUGGGCCCGGAGCGCUGGGGCCGGCGCUGGGGCCGCCCGACUACGACGAGGACGACGACGACGACAGCGACGAGCCGGGGUCCCGGGGCCGCUACCUGGGGGGCGCGCUGGAGCUGCGCGCGCUGGAGCUGUGCGCAGGCCCCGCCGAGGCUAGUCUGCUGGAGGAGCGCUUCGCCGAGCUGAGCCCGUUUGCAGGUCGCGCCGCCGCGGUGCUGCUGGGCUGCGCGCCCGCCGCCGCCGCCACCCCCGAAGUGACGCCGCGAGAGGAGCGGGCCCCGGCGUGGGCGGCCGAGCCCCGACUGCACGCUACCUCGGGGACGGCCGCCGCCCGGCUGCUCAAGCCCGAGCUGCAGGUGUGCGUGUUCUGCCGGAACAACAAGGAGGCGGUGGCUCUCUACACCACCCACAUCCUGAAGGGCCCCGACGGGCGAGUGCUGUGCCCGGUGCUGCGUCGCUACACGUGCCCCCUGUGCGGCGCCAGCGGCGACAACGCGCACACCAUCAAGUACUGCCCUCUCUCCAAAGUGCCGGCGCCGCCCGCCGCGCGCCCGCCGCCGCGCGGCGCCAGGGACAGCCUGCCAGGCAAGAAGCUGCGCUGAGGGCCCGGGGUCCCUCUACGGGCCCCUGACGACACCCGGGUCCCUGCCUGCCCCCGGUUCUGCUCUGCGCACCAUCUUCUCCUGCCUGCUGGGGAGGCGCGGAGCUGUCGGCACCGGCUCAACACGGAACGUCGUCUGGGUUGUUUUUCAAAAGAAGUCGGCAGAGUACUUCCUGUCGAGCGAUUGAGACUAGACGUCGAGAUUUUUUUUUUUUGGGGGGGGGGUCCGUCUCUAGUUUCUGGUUUGCACACAUCCAGAACGGCGAAGGAGGCUGGGUGUGUAUUUCACUAACUGAAAUAUGGCAGCCGAGAGACGCUGUUUACUGUAUACGUCGACCUAUUUUAGAUGCGCAUUGGUAUGAAAUUGUCUCUAAUCUUGGAUGUUUCGUUUUAUGAAUGGAGGCACUUUACUAGGUCUAGUAUAUUUUUUUAAUAGCCUCUGAACUGAGCUUAAAACUGACGAUUUUAUGGAAUGUCAGCAAAAUGACUAUUUUAUUGUUUGAUGCAAUAUUUUAGUUGUCCUUAGUUAUUCUAAUUCCAGGUGAAGCAAGCAAGCCCUUGGUAGCUUCAGCAUUAUGAGAAGUGAAAUUUAGUUCUUUCCAGUAUUAAUUUGGGUGGGUAUUCCCUCCUUGUGGCUUGUUUCUGUCCUACUGGAGGUGUAAAAUGCAGUCUGUAGCAGGUAGAAUACAGCUCCUUUUAUGUACCAGAUCUUUUAUUACUGAACUAGCAACUAGCCUUUUUCACCUUUAAAAAUUGUGCCAAGUCAUAAUCAUAUUGUGUAUACACUUGGAGAUGGUGCUGUUUAAAAAAAAAUCGUGUAUUUAUACAGUAACAGUAUAUGAUUUCAUAGCAUUUUCUCUUCAUGCCCCCCAAAUCCCAUUUCCAGUUCUUCACAAAUAUUACAGAACAGUGUUCAGGCUCAUCCUGACUUGCUCAAUUUCAAGGGUUCUUCAAUAGUGGAGGAAAGCUUACUCCUGCCAUUGUCCCCCAAACUAAAAUAGAAGAUGAGAAGACUCAUUUAAUAACCUGUAUUGAAGAUUCCACUCCAAGUUAUCUGACUUCAGAUAACCAGUACACCAGAAACUGGCACUGAUCAAAAAAAACUGUUGGGAAUUGGAGAGAAAGAACAGCUCCCCUCCUGUAACCAGUCUUCACACAAGACCCUGAUAUGCUUCUGCAACCCUGCCAGUUAUCAGUGAGAAACCUGAUUCACAAAGGUUCCUUCCCCACCUGACUUUCUAAGCUCAUUUUAAAUUCGCCAUGCUGAAUGCCAUACUAUAUGCCAUACUAUAGCAUGAAGCUACCUUCCAUGAAGACAGAUGUAGGAGGCAAAACCCACAGUGAAUUAAGGGGAACUCAUCAGAAAUGCACAAACAACUAUCUGAAAAUACCACCAAGAGAUUUAGUCUAAGUACAUAAAGCUACCAGUAGGCAGAUUUAGCUAGGGUAUUAGGAGCCAGACUCCUUUGGUAUUAAACAGCUAACUUCCUCCAUAGCAAAUUGACUUGAUCUGGAACACUCACUUGAAGACCUAAGAGGUUGGGGUAAAUAAUGCUGGGUAACUGUGGGCCCUUUUGGAACCAAGGGGAAGAGGUAGACAGGCAAGCUGUUUUUUACCAAGAAAACAAUCCACUGGUGACUCUUACAGCUCCAGACCAGGGAACUGCAGGUUUGACUGGACCUGAGCUUAAGUAGCUUAAUGAAACCACUAAUUAUUUGUUCUUUUCUCGUUUUGUUUUUUGUUUUUGCAGUACUGGGGGUUGAACCCAGGGUCUUGUGCUUGAAGAUGCCAAUUUAAAUGUGCUUUGUUUGGGGGGAUGUUUUGAAGGUCAACAUGAAGUUGUUACCUCCUCCA